CUGUCACCCGAUGAUUGAUGAGUUCACCUGUGGUGACGUCAUCGUCCCCUGUGGUGUGGGCGGAAGUGGUGCAGUGACAGAGUUGUGUCGGUCCGGAGCUCCGCAGCUGCUGUUCUCCUCCUGAAAAAACCUCACACACCUGGGGAAUUGGGAUAUUGAGAAAGAAGCCUCUCACCUCACACAGCCUCCACCAAUGCUCUCUUGCUGAGGUCUCCUGAGUGGAUCCAUCUGGAUUUUGUCAUGUCUACCACCCAGACAGGCUCCAUGGCUGACCAAAGCCCUGUAGUCCUUGAGAGCUGUUUCACCACAGAACUCCAUAUAUCAGAACCUGGUGAUGAAGACUACCGGCCGCCAGUCUCCCCUACUAUAACACUUCAAGCGCCUGACGAAGAUGUUCCAGAUGGAAAGAUGGCACCAAAGCAGGUGGUUCUUAGCACCAAGAGUCCUGCAGCAUUGAAGCUGGGCACACACCAGCUUAUUCCCAAGAGUUUGGCUAUCGGGAGUCGACCCAAAAACCGCCACCACACCACAGUAGUUACAUUCCCACUUGGGCUGGAGAACAGUGGCUCAAGAUCCCGCCACUCUACCCAGGGACCGGAUGUGUCUUGGGAGGAUUACGACAGUGAUGGUGAUGGUUUUGCUUUGAGGAGGAACCGUAGGAACAAAUCGUACCGGGCUGCUGUGACCAGUCUGGACAUUGAAGCGAUGGCAUCAGGACGUGGGACAGCACCAACACUCAAACCUGUCAAAGAGAGUCGGACACCAAGUCCAGCUCGCAGUCCAGGACGAAAGAGAACCCUGGGAAGGAAGAGGAACCAGAAGCAGCGUGGAUCCUUCAAAGAUGCGACACCACGUCUCUACCAGGAGAUUCGAGAGCGAGGGCUUCACUCCACCAACCAAGACGAGCUGCUCGAUGACUUUGUGGUGGUGGAGGCCCCAGUGGAGGACCAGAACAUCGUAGUGAAGAGCUACAGACCGGCACAGCUCACCUGGAGUCAGCUCCCACAGGUGAAGGACACAGGUAUCCUGACACUGAUCUCACCUCAGGAACGAAAGAGACAAGAGGCCAUCUUUGAGAUUAUUACCUCGGAGCACUCGUACCUGCACAGCCUUGGCAUCCUGGUGCGUCAUUUCAAGAACAGCGAGGCCCUGAGAAGAACCAUGACCACGACGGAGCACCACCACCUUUUCUCCAACAUUGCUGUCAUCCAUCAAGUCAGCAAACGUUUUUUCGAGGAUCUUGAGCGUCGUCACUAUGACAACACUGUAAUCCGGGACAUCAGUGACAUAGUUCAGAACCACGCAGCUCACCACUUCGAGCCUUACAUCGUCUACUGUUCGAAUGAAACCUUCCAGCAGAGGACGCUGCAGAGGCUUCUGACCAGUAACGUAGCCUUCAAGGAAGCACUGAAGCAGAUCGAGAGCAGCGGAGAUUGUGGUGGACUCCCAAUGCUUUCUUUCCUCAUCCUUCCAAUGCAGAGAGUCACCAGGUUGCCGUUGCUGCUGGAUACGAUUUGUCAGAAAACUCCAGACAAAACCGCUGAGUACUUUGCUGCCGUCUGGGCUCUGCAUGCCAUCAGCAAGUUGGUUUCCAGCUGCAAUGAUGGCGCACGGCGGAUGGAGAGAACUGAGCAGAUGUACACCAUCCAGAAACAAAUGGACUUUGGGAAGAUCAAGCCGUUUCCCCUGGUGUCCUCCUCGCGCUGGCUAAAGAAACGCGGCGAGCUGUCUGUCUGCAGCGAGGAACUGAGCAUCUGGAAAGCUUUCAGCAACAGAAGUUACUACCUGUUCCUCUUCAAUGAUGUCCUGAUUCUCACCAAGAAGAAGAGCGAGGAGAGUUUUGUGGUGAUGGACUAUGCCACCCUGGAGAACGUGGAGGUGGAAGGAGUGGAGGAACCCGAGGGACGGCUGUCUCCUCCCUCCAAGAACCACUACUAUCUGUCCUUCCGACUUCUGAUGAGCAGGAACAGUGAUGGCAAAGCUGAGCAGACCACACUAGUGGCUGAUUCCAGAGUGGAGCGGGCUCGCUGGAUAGUCGCGCUCACCGAGCACAAGCACGCGGAGGUCUACGCAAAUAAAAAUGGUUUUCCACAGUCCGAGGCCACGAAAGCGUACAUGCCAAAGGCGCCAGAUGAGCUGGGUCUGCAGCAGGCGGAGCUUGUCAUCGUGUUGCAGAAGGAGGAGGGGUGGUGUUUCGGGGAGCGGAUGCGAGACGGGGAAAGAGGAUGGUUCCCUGCCAGUUGUGCCACAGAGAUCACUGAUCCGACCGCCAUUGAAAACAACGUGCAGCGCAUGAAACGGCUGCGCAAGGAGACCAAUGUUUGAGGGAUUUUUCCACAGCUGUUGUGCAGCAGGUUUGUUUUCAGAGACUGAGGAAUCAUUCACAACAGUAACUGAACUGUGGAACCAAAGACCUCAAGACACCCCACUUUGGUGUUACGUUUUUGUAAGGCUAAGAAUUCCACUCUUGAUCAUGUACCUCAGGUUAAAGACAGUUUUAUUUAACAGCUGUGAAUCUUUCAAGCCAACAUUUUAGAUUCUUGCUAUAAGCUUGUUUAAAGACAAAUAUUUUAACUUUCUCCAUACAAACUUGAAUUAAGCAUGUCGUCCAUUAACAAAAGAACUUUAUCAAAAGUGGAUAAUAAAUACAGCCGUUUGUGUGUGAUGGAGAAAAUACGACUCAAGGAGCUCCUGAUUUUGGGACUUUUAUUUUAGCUUGCAUUUGUUAAAACGUUUGAAUACAUAAAAAGUUAUUUAAAAAUGUCAAA